AUGGGUAAUCAUAGCAGCAGUUCCACGGAUUUUAGUCUGUUUUCAAAAGGAAGCGUAUUCACCAGAGAGCAGCUUGAUGAAUACCAGGAUUGCACAUUUUUUACUCGAAAGGACAUUUUACGGUUAUAUAAGCGUUUCUACGCUUUGAAUCCAGUGAAGGUGCCGAUCAGUAUGCAGGGAAAUCGGCCGUCAAUAAUAACACUAUGCUUUGAAGAAGUAGAAAAGAUGCCUGAACUUAAAGAGAAUCCUUUCCGCAGAAGAAUCUGUCAGGUGUUUUCCGAAGACGGUUGUGGAAAUCUAACUUUUGAUGACUUCCUCGACAUGUUUUCAGUUUUUAGUGAAAUGGCACCAUUACAGCUAAAGCUCAAAUAUGCUUUUCGAAUCUAUGAUUUUGACGGAGACGACUAUCUUAAUCAAGAUGACUUAAGCAAAAUAAUCCGAUGCCUAACAAGGGACGAACUUUCAGAUGACGAAAUUGGAUUUAUAACUGCUCGGAUCAUAGAAGAAGCAGAUCUUGAUGGUGACGAGCAGAUAUCGUAUGCUGAAUUCGAGCACGUUGUAUCCCGAUCACCAGAUUUUAUACGUACUUUUCGCAUUCGGAUUUGA